AUGUCGGGACAAGCUUCGACUUCUACAAACACCCCUUCCGCGACAGUACAACCCAGAAGAGGAAAAGUCAAACUCCCAGACAAUUACACAGGCGACCGCAUUGAAUCCCAGAAAUUCAUGCUCCAAUGCCUCCUUCUUUUCGCAGCAGAAUCCGAUCGGUACAAGACCGAUCAAGACAAAAUAUCCCUUGUGCUUUCAUGCAUGAGAUACGGCACGGCGGGAGCUUGGGCGGAGAACUUCCUCCUCAAAUCAGUAGGAGCAGAUCCACCUACCGAUCUAGGCACCUGGAAGGACUUUUUAGCCAAGUUCAAAUUACAGUUCAGGGAGACGGGCAAGACCGACAAGGCGCGAAGCGCACUUAUGGCCUUCUCCCAAGGACGAAUGACGGUUGAUGAAUACUCCAACCAAUUCAUUCUCAUCGCCGCCGAUGCCGACAUCUCCGAUAAAGAGCAAGUCCCUUACUUCCAACGCGGGUUAGACCCGCGCGUCAUGGACAAAAUAUACGACAAGGAAGUUCAGCCAAAGGAUACGAUUCAGGACUGGAUCAAUACAGCCUGCGAAAUAGAUGGACGACUUCGAGCCAGAACAGCUCAAAAGGCCAUCCUCGCCAACUCCACCUCCUUUCGAAGCGAUUAUCUGAAUCGUUUUCAUAACCAAAUCUCUCCCCGCUACAAUUCCACAAACGCCCCUCGCAGAAUGAACAACCAAGUCGUUGACAUGGACAUUGACGCGACACGCAAGCACAAUGCCCUUAGCCAAAAACGGAAACAUGACGGCAAGCCUCCUGGCGCCUGUUACUAUUGCGGAAAGACAGGACACUGGAAUGCUGACUGCCCGUCAUUACGCAGAGGCGUUCGACCGAUUCGAGGAAACUCGAAGAAACGCAUGGGUACAACAGGGAGAAGAAGCCGCGCGGUUGAUUUGGAAGGAGAAGACGACGCACCCGCUAUGGGAAACCAAGCGGGAAUAUAUCGAGGAAUGGAGACAGAGGAUGUUCAUCGCAACAACCAGCGGGUACCACAACCUGGUCCUUCAAUGGAACGUCCUCACUCUACCCCAUCCGGACGACCCCAGACGAACCAUGGGCAGCGCACUAUGCUACCUAACGGACGACAAGGAGACGGAGACGUCAGUCAUUCUGCUCGAAUCGGAGCAGUGCUCGGAGAAUUAGGAGAAGAUGAAGCCAGAGAAGUAAUCUUGGGACAUGCGGAGUGUUUUUCCUGA